CCCCACCAACCAGAACGAGAAGGUACCCAAGCGGGGAAAAUAUCGUGACAGCCGGCCCAAACCCUCGUCCUCGCCGAUGGCCGACGCCCCCUCCUCCUCCUCCGGUUGCGGCGGCGGCGCCCACCACACGUCAGCCUCGCAAUCCACCGCCACACACACCUCACCGGCAUCUUUCGACGGCGGUCUCCUCCUCCGCCUCCUCCAAAACCCUCCCUCUGCGCACCCGCGAGAGGAAUUCCUCGCCCCGCCCCACGUCGCAGCGGGGGCGCACCAUUUCUUCAGUGACCCUGCCGUCGCCGCCGUGGGGCCGCUCUUCGCCGCAUCGGCGCAGGCACAAGGGGGAGACUUCGGGUGGUCUUCGACCUCCACCACGCACUUACAGCAGCAACCCGUAUUCCCGGAUCCCCGAUUCGCUCCAGGGGAACCCUUCGCUGCUCUUGCCGGCAGAGUGUUCGGAUCCGGGGAUGCCGUCUGGGCGGAGAGGCCUCGGCCGGGGGCGCCGCCUCCAGGGUUUGGCAAACCGUCGCAUCCACCACCUACUGCCCGUGAUGCACGGAAUGCAUCUGGUGUUGUAUUGAGUAGGGAACAGUACAAUCCUCGUCCCAUGGAUUUCGUUCCGGAUCUUGCAGAUGUUCGUGAUGCGGUUGGCAGAAUGCCUCAUGGACAUGGAGAGCAGCUUUCAAUGCCAAUUACUGGUGGAUGUGAUGUGGCUGUAGGAAUGAUGUGUAUGGAACAGCAGCAAGAUCGUUUUUUGUCACGGACACCGCCUGAGAUCAAUGCCAAUGGACAGUUGGGCAGGAUGCAUCUUGGAGAGCAGCAUACACUUCCUAUCUUAGGUGGCAGGAGGCUCCAUGGAGAUCAGUACAUGCCUCCAGUCCAGGAAGGCAGGGCACCACAUAGUGGUCAUGGUCAGCAUGAAUCCUGCUUUACCAAUCCUCUACAAAGGGAGCAGAGGUGGCAGGGUUUUAGGGAGGACAAGGGCUAUGUUUCGCGGAAGGUGCCAAAUGCGAAUGCCUAUUACACAUCUGGUAAGGCACUGGUGAAGGAGUUGCACCAUGUGACAUUACCUGCUGGCAGUUCAGUUCCAGUGGAAAUUAUGGAGAAUCAAGAAUGUGGUUUGGAAGGCGGCAGGAUAGGGAAAGUAGUUUUGGAGCAUGGAAUUGAUGGAAAGGUGGUAGUGGAGGAAAGUAAGUCUGAAUUGUCAUAUGAAAAUAGUAAGAUUAGAUUUGCUGGACAUGAUGAACAAUAUGAUGGUGAUGACAGGGAGGAUGCUAUAAUUGAGCAGAUGACACAAAAUCUGGUGAUUGAUGGCAGUGGUGAUGCCAAGGGAGUAGUAUUGGAAAAAACUAUCCUGAGGAGUAAGGAUUUCAGAUCAGACUUUUCUAGAGGGCAUCAUGUAUCAAGCCAGAGAAUAAGAUUCCAGAGGAGAAACAGGCCAUGUCGAUAUGACAUAGAUCGAUUUACACCUAAUUUCUUGUCAAUUUUUGAAUCUUUGAUGCCCUCUGAGGAGGAAAUUGCAAAGCAGAAGCAGUUGUUAACAUCUUUGAGCAGAUUGAUAAACAUGGAAUGGCCUAAUGCAAAACUAUACCUCUAUGGAUCAUGUGCCAAUUCUUUCGGUUUCUCAAAUAGUGAUAUUGAUCUUUGUCUUUCUAUUGAUGACAAGGAAAUGAGCAAGGUUGAUAUUAUAUUGAAAUUGGCAGACAUUCUCAAAGCUGGAAAUCUCCAGAAUAUUCAGCCAUUAACUCGAGCAAGGGUCCCAAUAGUGAAGCUUAUGGAUCCGGAAACAGGGCUUUCCUGUGAUAUAUGUGUCAAUAAUCUUUUAGCAGUUGUUAACACAAAACUUUUGCGAGAUUAUGCACAAAUAGAUAGAAGGUUAAGGCAGUUGGCAUUCAUUGUGAAGCAUUGGGCUAAAAUUCGACGUGUAAAUGAAACUUACCAAGGAACACUUUCUAGCUAUGCAUUUUUCGUUGGUCAUCUCUGUCCUUUGUACUACUUUUUACUUUGUGAACUAACUGACAGUGUCAUGCAUUGCCAGGAAAUGGAGGCCACUUAUUAUGUCAAGGUGGAUGAAAAUAACUGUGCAUACUUUGACCAAGUGGAGAAGCUAAAUAAUUAUGGUGCUCACAACAGAGAUACAAUAUCAAGGCUGCUCUGGGCUUUUUUCCAUUAUUGGGCAUAUGAGCACGAUUACACAAGAGAUGUCAUAUCAAUUCGUACUGGAAGGAUUAUCAGUAAGGAACGGAAGGACUGGACUAGACGAGUUGGAAAUGACAGGCAUCUCAUAUGCAUUGAAGAUCCAUUUGAGAUCUCCCAUGAUCUCGGCCGCGUAGUUGACAAGUUCAGCAUCAAAAUACUCAGGGAGGAAUUCGAGCGAGCAGCUAAUAUAUUACAGUUUGAUCCGAACCCCAGCAUGACACUCUUUGAGCCAUACGUGCCCCCUCUGUUGCCGAACCUGUUGCAAGAAGAAACUGCGAAUGCUGCAUCUAAUUGAACUAUGAUAGUGUUAGGUUCGUAAUUGAACUAUGAUAGCGUUUGGUUCAUCCUCAGGUAAUGUAAUUGGAUUGCAGCAGCCUUUGUUUGAUUGGAUGUGUUAAUGGUAUUGUUUACAGUUACAUGUGUUUGUUUUCCAA